AUGGGGGCGGCGCGCUCGAGGUGCGGGAAACAGAGCACGCUGUGGCGGCUCCCACAGUAUACGCGGAAUGCGCACCCGGCGACAACCGUAGUGCCACUGGAGGAUCAAUAUGUCCCUUGCCGACACAGAAAGGCAGAGAACGUGGAAGGGCUCCUCCCCGGCAACCCGUGUGGAAAGACAUAUGCUUUGCAGGACGCACUCCACAAGCCUGUGGCCACUGCGCUCAGCCCCAUAUGCUGCCCCAAAACUCCUCCCCCACCAAGGGCGCCCCCGCUCCCAUCUCCGUACGACAUGCGGGACACGGCGCAAGCCCCGCCAGGGAUUGUUUACUCACGUCCAACGGCAACACCCUAA